UCUCUGGCAAUGCGCAUGAUUCUGCGGCUCUGUGCUCGCCACACUUCAACGCACCUUGAAAUGGGCUCGCCUCCUUCGCGCCGCGACGGAUAUAUAGCCGAGCCAAUUAUCCCCCAGGAUGGUGCGCAGUGACCAAUGAGCUGGAGGCGGGGGCGGUGCCGGAGGCCCGGCCCAGCUAGGUUUCACCGUGGCUCUGGCUGCGCUCUGCCUGGGCUAGUAGUGCAGGUGCCGCUGCGCCGGGGCUGAGGAGGCUGCGCGCCCAGUCCAGCAGAGCCGGGGAGGGAUGGAGAGCCGGCAGCCCGGGCUGCAGGAGCACCGGCGCGGGGCGUAGGCGGGCGCGAGCGGGCGCGAGCGGGCGCGAGCCGGCGCUCGGGCGCUAGAAGUGUGCGGGCGCAGAGCACUUUGCGAUAGGAUGAGGCUCCUGGCUGGCGCGCGGUAGUACUAUGAUUUGGUAUGUGGCCACUUUGAUAGCAAGUGUGAUCAGCACCCGCGGUCUUGCGGCUCAAGGUGCCCACGGCCUGCGAGAGGAGCCCGAGUUUGUGACCGCAAGGGCCGGUGAGAGUGUGGUCCUGCGAUGCGAUGUGAUCCACCCAGUGACAGGACAGCCCCCGCCCUAUGUUGUGGAGUGGUUCAAGUUUGGGGUGCCCAUCCCUAUCUUUAUCAAGUUUGGCUACUAUCCCCCUCACGUGGACCCUGAGUAUGCAGGCCGGGCGAGUCUUCACGACAAAGCAUCCCUGCGGCUGGAGCAGGUUCGCGCUGAGGACCAGGGCUGGUACGAGUGCAAGGUGCUCAUGCUGGACCAGCAGUAUGACACCUUUCACAAUGGCAGCUGGGUCCACCUCACCAUCAACGCUCCCCCCACCUUUACAGAAACACCCCCCCAGUACAUCGAGGCCAAGGAGGGUGGCAGUGUGACCAUGACUUGCACAGCUUUUGGGAACCCCAAGCCCAUAGUCACCUGGCUCAAGGAGGGGACACUCCUAGGUGCUAGCGGGAAAUACCAGGUGAGUGAUGGCAGUCUCACAGUGACAUCGGUCAGUCGGGAGGACAGAGGUGCCUACACCUGUCGCGCCUACAGCAUCCAGGGGGAGGCUGUCCAUACCACCCACCUGCUUGUCCAAGGGCCUCCCUUCAUAGUUUCUCCUCCUGAGAACAUCACUGUCAACAUCUCCCAGGAUGCUCUGCUCACCUGCCGGGCGGAGGCGUAUCCUGGCAACCUCACCUACACCUGGUAUUGGCAGGAUGAGAACGUCUACUUCCAGAAUGACCUGAAGCUGAGGGUGCGGAUCCUGAUCGAUGGGACCCUAAUCAUCUUCCGGGUGAAGCCUGAAGAUGCGGGGAAGUACACCUGCGUCCCUAGCAACAGUCUGGGACGCUCCCCCUCGGCCUCGGCCUACCUGACUGUGCAAUACCCAGCCCGUGUCCUCAACAUGCCCCCUGUCAUCUACGUGCCCGUGGGAAUUCAUGGCUAUAUCCGCUGCCCUGUGGAUGCAGAGCCACCAGCCACCAUGGUCAAGUGGAACAAGGAUGGCCGCCCCCUGCAGGUCGAGAAGAACCUGGGUUGGACCUUGAUGGAAGAUGGCUCCAUUCGCAUUGAAGAGGCCACAGAGGAGGCUCUUGGCACUUACACCUGUGUGCCUUACAACACCCUGGGGACCAUGGGCCAGUCUGCUCCUGCACGGCUUGUCCUGAAGGACCCCCCGUAUUUUACGGUGCUACCAGGCUGGGAGUACAGGCAGGAGGCUGGCCGGGAGCUGCUCAUCCCCUGCGCUGCUGCAGGGGACCCCUUCCCUGUCAUCACGUGGAGAAAGGUAGGGAAGCCCAGCAGAAGCAAGCACAACGCCCUGCCCAGCGGGAGCCUCCAGUUUCGAGCCCUGAGUAAGGAGGACCACGGGGAGUGGGAGUGCAUUGCCACCAACGUGGUCACCAGCAUCACUGCCAGUACCCACCUGACCGUCAUCGGCACCAGCCCCCAUGCCCCGGGCAGCGUCCGGGUCCAGGUCUCCAUGACCACUGCCAACGUGUCCUGGGAGCCAGGCUAUGAUGGAGGAUUCGAGCAGACAUUCUCAGUUUGGUACGGACCUCUGAUGAAGCGGGCACAGUUUGGGCCCCAUGACUGGCUGUCUUUGCCAGUACCGCCGGGACCCAGCUGGUUGCUAGUGGACGCCCUGGAGCCUGAGACAGCAUACCAGUUCAGUGUCCUGGCCCAGAACAAGCUGGGAACGAGCGCCUUCAGUGAGGUGGUCACUGUGAACACUUUAGCAUUCCCUGUCACAACUCCAGAACCCCUGGUGCUGGUUACCCCACCGAGGUGCCUCACAGCCAAUCGGACCCAGCAGGGUGUGCUCCUGUCGUGGCUCCCACCUGCCAACCACAGCUUUCCCAUUGACCGCUACAUCAUGGAGUUCCGGGUCGCAGAACACUGGGAGAUGCUAGAUGAUGCCAUCCCAGGAACCGAUGGAGAAUUCUUUGCCAAGGAUCUGUCACAGGACACCUGGUAUGAGUUCCGGGUUCUGGCCGUCAUGCAGGAUCUGAUCAGCGAGCCCAGCAACAUCGCCGGUGUCUCCAGCACAGACAUCUUCCCGCAGCCGGACCUGACCGACGACGGGCUCGCCAGGCCUGUGUUGGCUGGAAUUGUAGCUACCAUCUGCUUCUUGGCAGCUGCCAUCCUAUUCAGCACCCUGGCUGCCUGCUUUGUCAACAAGCAGCGCAGGCGUAAGCUCAAGCGCAAGAAAGAUCCUCCGCUCUCCAUCACUCACUGCAGGAAGAGCCUAGAGUCUCCCCUGUCCUCUGGCAAGGGGAGCCCCGAGAGCAUCCGGACGCUCCGGGCCCCGUCCGAGUCCUCUGAUGACCAAGGCCAGCCGGCCGCCAAAAGGAUGUUGAGCCCCACCCGGGAGAAGGAGUUGUCCUUGUACAAGAAGACCAAGAGGGCCAUCAGCAGCAAGAAGUACAGUGUGGCCAAGGCUGAGGCCGAGGCCGAGGCCACCACGCCCAUCGAGCUUAUCAGCAGAGGCCCUGACGGCCGCUUUGUGAUGGAUCCUGCUGAGAUGGAGCCCUCGAUGAAGAGCAGGCGCAUUGAGGGCUUUCCCUUUGCGGAGGAGACGGACAUGUACCCUGAGUUCCGCCAGUCGGACGAGGAGAAUGAGGACCCGCUGGUGCCCACGUCCGUGGCCGCCCUGAAGUCCCAGCUGACCCCACUGUCAUCCAGCCAGGAGUCCUACCUGCCGCCACCAGCAUACAGCCCUCGGUUCCCACCCCGGGGGCUGGAGGGCCCAGGCGGCCUGGAAGGGCGGCUCCAGGCCACGGGCCAGGCCAGGCCCCCCGCCCCACGGCCCUUCCACCACAGCCAGUAUUAUGGGUACCUGAGCAGCAGCAGCCCUGGGGAGGUGGAGCCGCCACCCUUCUACAUGCCGGAGGUGGGCAGCCCCCUGAGCUCUGUCAUGUCCUCCCCACCCCUGCACACCGAGGGGCCUUUUGGCCACCCCACCAUUCCGGAGGAGAACGGAGAGAACGCUUCCAACAGCACGCUGCCCUUGACUCAGACACCCACAGGAGGGCGCUCCCCUGAGCCCUGGGGCCGGCCAGAAUUCCCCUUUGGGGGACUGGAAACCCCAGCCAUGAUGUUUCCCCACCAGCUGCACCCCUGUGAUGUAGCCGAGAGUCUGCAGCCCAAGCCCUGCCUCCCCCGAGGACUGCCCCCCACUUCCCUGCAGGUGCCUGCAGCCUACCCGGGCAUCCUGUCCCUGGAGGCGCCAAAGGGUUGGGCAGGCAAGUCACCGGGCAGAGGCCCUGUCCCAGUGCCCACCUCCGCCAAGUGGCAGGACAGACCUAUGCAACCUCUGGUGAGCCAAGGGCAGCUAAGACAUACCAGCCAAGGUAUGGGCAUACCCGUGUUGCCUUACCCCGAGCCGGCCGAGCCGGGGGGGCACAGCGGCCCCAGCACAUUUGGCCUGGACACCCGGUGGUACGAGCCCCAGCCCCGGCCCCGGCCGAGCCCCCGGCAGGCCAGGCGCGCCGAGCCCAGUUUACAUCAAGUGGUGCUACAGCCUUCCCGGCUCUCGCCUCUGACCCAAAGCCCCCUCAGCUCCCGCACCGGCUCCCCUGAGCUUGCCGCCCGGGCCCGGCCUCGCCCGGGCCUCCUGCAGCAGGCGGAGAUGUCAGAGAUCACCCUCCAGCCGCCGGCCGCCGUCAGCUUCUCGCGCAAGUCCACGCCGUCCACCGGCUCCCCUUCCCAGAGCAGCCGCAGCGGGAGCCCCAGCUACCGGCCCACCAUGGGCUUCACCACGCUGGCGACGGGCUACCCCUCCCCGCCACCAGGCCCUGGGGGGCCUGCGGAAAGCCUGGAUGUGUUUGGACAGACGCCUUCCCCUCGGAGGAUGGGGGAGGAGCUCCUCAGACCCGAGGCCCCCCCUCCACCUGUCCCUCCUUCAGGAACACAUCCACCUGCACCCGGGAAUGCUGCUGCUCCUGAGAGGCUGGAGGCUCUGAAAUACCAACGGAUAAAGAAGCCCAAAAAGUCAUCCAAGGGCUCUUCGAAGUCAAAGAAGCGAUCCGAUGGUUCUGCCUCCCAGGCUCAGCAGCUUCCAAACUCUCAGGUUCUGUGGCCCGACGAAGCUGUCUGCCUCCGAAAGAAGAAGAGACAUUCUCGGCCUGACCCCUUUGCCCGCCUCUCAGACUUGUGCCACCGCCAGCUUCCAGAAGACCAGACGGCAAUUCUCAACAGCGUGGAUCAGGACGACCCCGGCCACGCCACUCUGCUGUGACACCAGCACGACUCUAAGUGCUUGCAGAGCAAGAGUGCCGGGGUGAGGGGCAGGGAGGGGUGCAUGUAAGGUGUGUGCAAGCCUCGGCCUCCCUGUCAGCGGAGGGUGGCCCUGGCCGGUAGAUCGGGGCUGCUCAGGCCUCUGUUCUGUCUGUCUCCGGCUGGAGUGGGGGUCUCCUCCAGAUCCUGGCCCUCUGUCUCGGUUUGGGACAGACGGCUUGGGGCAGACCUUUCGGCUGUGGGUAGAGAUAGGAAGUGAACUGGGGUCAGGGAGAGAUCCCUGCCCUCUCCGCCAGGUGGUUCCUCAUCUCAGAUGCCUGUGUAGUAAAUAGGGGGAGCGCCGCUUUACUGCUUUCUGCUCUUGUUUCAGUUUUUCAAGUCCUGGAAGAAGGUUGGACUUCCAUUCUGCUUCCGAACGCUACAUAUAUAUAGAUAUAGAUACAAAUGCAUAUUAUGUAGUUUGUGGGUUUCUCUAUGUGUAUAUAUAUGUACAUUGAAGCAAAGUGCUGUUUACUUCUGUAGUCGAUGAGAUGAGGAGGAAGAGGGCAGCAGACACCUGGGGUUUGUGAGUAGCACUGGCAGAGAGCUGGCUGGCACCCCAGUGUCUGUCUUGGGGAUUACUCCUCCUGAAACAGGAUUCAUGCCUUUUCAGCUUAAUUCACUACUUCUCUCUCUCUGUCUUCUCCCAUCCAUAGCAGAAAUGGGGGCUUGCCAUGCUUUCCAGCUGCCUGCUUUGGGUGUUCAACAAUGAGUUAUCAUAGAACUAAACACAAGUCUUUCUUUCUUUCUUGGUUCCUGGGUGGAGAAAGGGUGGCCAGCAAAGGACCAGACUGGCAUCCUUCUUCCUUCCACAGUUUGGCUCCCGGUACAGAAUUAGAAACUGCUUAGCAGCAGGUCCGAGAGGCAGGCCCUGAUGGACAAACUUGAGCUCAUCUCUCAUCCCUUUUGGUCCAGCCAGGGCUGGAGCCCUGUGGCCAGAGGACUUCCCAUUCUGGAGCCAUCUGCACUGAGCGCCAAGCUGCGGUGGCUCUAUUUAUAUCCCGUCUCUGGCUCAGCACCCUCUGGAGCACUGUUCCAAAGCUGCUGAUUGGAUUCCUCCUUUCCUUUUGUGGGAGCUAAUUCCCCAGAUUGAUUAAUUGCCACUUGUGGGGAGCCUGCCUGCUGCUCCUUCGCAGGCUCUCCACAUGCUGCCUGCAGACUCUUCUAGGCCCUGGGGCCCUCCUCCUCCUGGUGGACCCAAGCUCCAAGGGGAUGACCUCGGAUUUCUGGGGACUGGGAUGCUCUGGGUCCCUUCCUUUCCCUCAGUUCUAUUGAUGUGGAACUGGCUGGGGCACAGGAAUUAAGGUUGAAAGGGAGGUGGGGAGAGGCCUAGGCUCUGAUCCUUUCUCUGCCCAAGUCUAGGCCUAGUUCUGACUCUUAGCACCCAGAGGCCAUUUUAUUGUGACUAAAGAGGUACCCACCUCUUCCAUAAGAUAACAGUGCUGCCCAGGAGCAGGGCAGAGGCCCUGAGGGUGGCUGGGUGCAUCUGGCUUCUCCCCUCUUUGUGUAGGAGGCCGCCCUUCUAGCUGCCCAGGGAUCAAGGUGGCGCUCAGCUUCCCUGAAGUAUUUCCUCAUGGUGCUGCCUUGGUGAGGUGGGGGUCGGCAUCCAUCUCUCCUGGUCGCCUGCUUGGGUGUUGGUCAAGUCAAAGUGCCGGAGGCCUCUGAGGGUCUUGGGGCGGCUGCCAGUGGCUCAGCGCAGCAACCUAGGUGAGCUGGGGCCUCUCAGAGCAGGGAAGCUGCCCCUUUCUGGGAGCUUCCAUCACAGGGAUGUGUCCUUGUUUGCCAGGCAGGCCCUCGUGCUUCCUUCCUCUUGCCUAGUGAGUGGGGACUGACUCCACCCUUGGGGUUCUGCCACGAAAGGCAAAAAACCACAGAUUGUUCCAGAAGGUGACGAGUCGUGAUGAAAGAGGUGGGGCGAGGCAGUGUCUGGCCCUCAUUUUGUCUGCCGCCCUGUCACUCUGGGGCUGGGCCUUGCACCCUUGGGGUGGAACCCUAACCUCCGGCUGCUGCCCUUUCUGGGCAUCCAAACCCAGCCACUUACCCCUGGGCAGCAGCUCCAGCACCUGCAGGAGCAGAGGCUUGGUGACUCUGUCUGCUUGUCCAACGUGGCACUACCUCUGCCCCUCUGCCCCCCAGGUGACUUGCAGUACCUCUCCUGGGGCACGGGGAUGAAUGUGGGGUCCCAUGCGGGUCGGGGUAGCCCUGCCUGUACUCCCGUGGCAUGCUGUUCCCUGAUGGGCGAUGCUGGCUGGAAUGUGAGCGUGGGACUUCAGUGUGGGUGAAGUCGGUCUUUCUGAGCCCCGUGCUGGGAGGCCCUGAGGUUACAGUGAAGAACACGAGGAGAGGCUUUGCUUCUUGAGGAUGGCUUCCCAGGGACCCACAGCGAGCCACCUGCAGGCUCACAAAGGUGCUGACUCCUUCCUUCUUUUCUCCCCUGGCAGUGCUCCUUACCUCAGCACAUCAGACCAAAUGGCUGGAGCUGUGCUUUCCACCGGCCACUGGGUGGCAGCUGCCCUGGGUGGCCCCUAGGCCAGGGAAAGCACACAGGCCAGCCUAUCUUUCAGUGGCCUCGGACUCAUUUCUUCUUCCAAGAGGGGUUCCUUCUUGUGACAGUGUCCUUGAAGGCCAGCAGCCUUCCUGCACCCCUGGGAGUGAUUUCAGUCCUUCCUUGGAGGGCUGCAGUGGAAACCAGCAGAGUACUGUCUCCUUUAUCCGUGUGAUAGAGGGGAAAGAUGUCCCAGGCACAGGCUUGGGUUCCAGGUGUGCGCAUGCGAGGGUGUGGCUGUGAAUGUGUGCAUGAUGCAGUGUGGGCAUAUCUAGGGGCCAGAUGUCCUCUGUGCUCUGCCUUUGACCAAUUGCAGUGAGUACUUUCAAGCUGCCUAGGAUUCCCACACUCCGCUCUGAGGGGGAUCAGGUAGAUGUCUUCCAAACUUCCCCUUGUAGCUUUGCAGUAGAAGUAACUGAGAUAAAAAGCUACUACUGUGUGUGCCCCUUCCUUCUGCAUCUGGACUGGAGACCAUGGGCGUUUCAGGGUUAGGCGACUCACAGACAAGGAAAAGGGUAAAGUGAUUCUAGAAGGGGCCGGAAGCUGAAAGCACUUUGGGGGAUCUGAAACUGAAGUUUGGGGGGAAAAAGCAAUAAGGAGAAGGCGGAGCCUGUUUCUUCCUUGCUGGCUGACCACAUGGGAGGGUCUUUCAUGGUCCGAGUGGGGCCAUGUGCAUGGACUGUCAUUCGUGGCCCAGUGGCCCAGCCCAGCACGUGGUGGCUGGUGAGCUCUGCCACCGUCUCUCGCAGCCUGU